AUGGCCGAGACAAGCAACCCGGCUCCGGGCGCCGUGCCGAGUGUCUCGCGCGUUACGUUAACGGUCUCGGGCCUACAAGUCGAUGUCUACGGGUUGACGGAACUACCCGCAACCGCGGCUAAGGUAUCAUGUCUAUGGCUGCAUCACGGACGACUACGAAAAAAAGAGGAUAUGAUCCCUUUCGCAAACCAGUUUCUCUCCGCUUAUCACGAGAAGUCAGAGCCUACGCGCGGUUUAAUCGCUGUCGCGCUUGACCAAAGAAAUCACGGUUCGCGACUCGUUGACAGGCGAGCGAAUGAGUCCUGGGUGGACGGAAAUGAGACUCACGCCCAAGACAUGUUCGGCCUCGUUACGGGUACCGUCAUGGAUACAAUAAAUCUGAUGGACCUAAUUGAGAGCCACCUAUUUAGUACUGAUAAACAUGUACUAAGUGACGGCGGGAGAAGACGUAUUGACCACAAUAUCGUUCUUGGUAUCAGCUUAGGAGGCCAUAGUGCGUGGCAGCUCUUGUUCGCAGACCCUCGAGUUACAGCGGGGGUUGUAGUGAUUGGAUGCCCCGAUUAUAUGGUUCUCUUGAAAGACCGUGCGCGACUAUCACAGUUGCAGACAUUUAACGAGUCAAAAUACGGUGCUUCUUUCAUCGGCAGCAAGGACUUUCCAGAUGCUCUGGUAAAUGCCUGCAAGAAAUAUGACCCCAAGGGUAUCUUGUUUGGAACUGAUGAGAUCGUGCUGCCUACCACAGCGGAAGAACAGCAGAGGCUGCGUCCUCUACUCGAGUCUAGAGUUUCGGGCAAGAGAUUCCAGAUUCUUUCCGGAGGGGCGGAUAAACUCGUACCAUACAGCAUGGGCGAACCAUUCAUCCGAUUCUUCAAGACUGCGACCAAUAGCUGGUAUACAGACGGUAGAGUUUAUGUAGAGGACAAUGUUUAUCCGACUGCAGGGCACGAGUUCAGCGCUGAAAUGAGAAAGGAUGCCGUACGGUUUAUUCUUGAUAGCGUAGCUUUAGCUAAUAAUUAG